GCCAGCUGCCAUCUCUGAAAAGGUCCCGCAACAGACCGACACACAGACACAUUCGGAUUGAUCGCGAAAUUUGCAUGUGUUUCACUUUGCUCGUCGAAGAAAAAGGGAUUCCAAAUUCCAAGUUUUGCUUUCGCCGCGCUCGGUCGUUUAGUGCUGCUACGUAAAUUUGGUGGCUUUUGGAAGGUGCCACUCUAGGCGGAUUUUGGCGAAAAGUUUGCGGAAACACGUUUUUCUUUUGCUCUCUGAUUUUGAUCGACAUCCAAGUUGGCCGAUUGUCAUCGUCUGGUUCCGGCGCGAGUGGAGUGGAAUCCGGCGGAAGAGGAGACCGACGGAAGUUUUUGCAUCGAUCUAGACGAGUCCGGGCGGGACCACACGCGUCAUUUCCCGCGGAUUCUUCGGUGGAUGGUUCUGGCCGGAAAAUGAGUCGCCGUAACGGACGUGGACGGGGUGGCCGUGGCCGUCGCCGCGGAGGCGCUCGCGCCGGCGGUGACCAAGCAGCUGGGCCGCCUCCGCCAGCGCCACCGGCCUUUGUCAUCCCGCCGGAGUACAACGCGUACAGCGAGGAGGACGACAGCGAUAGCGAUGAUGACGAGAUCAACAUCUUUCGCCAGAUGGCCUUGAUUGGGGCGCUCAGCCGGAUGCAGGGCCGUUCCUCCGGUGGACGGCACGCCGAGACGGGUGGAGGGCGGUCGGACACGCGAGCGACUGAGCGACGCGAUGUUCGGCAAAAGAUUGUGUUCACCGAGGAUCAGAUCGAGGUCAACACGAUUUACGCGAGCUUCAAGACGGAAAAGGUCACGGAGGAAAGCGUCCGGAAGCUGUUUGCCCAGUUUGGCCCGAUCAAGCAGGUGCGGUUGCACACCGCGGUCAACAACAACUCGUACGACGGGGAGGACGACCACAGGGGGAUGCAGACGCGGGGGCGACCCCAGCGGUACCAGCGGCAGCAGCCCAACCGGUACGCGUUCGUGUCGUUUGAAAAAUGCGAGGAUGCGGCCAUAUGCCUGCAGCAAAAGUUCAAACUGCGUAACCAGUGCUACAUUGCCAAAGCGGACAGCUGGCACCAGGAGGCGUACAUAAAGAAGCAAGCCGAGGAGGAAUCCGGUUCGUCCGCCGCACCGCCAGCCGAACCAUGCUGCUCAAGCGCACCUACCACAACAAACACAACAUCGACGGUCACUUCUGACGGAGGUCAGCCCGCAGAUCACAACUCAAGCAACGCAUCGGAAACGCCGGAAGGUUUCACCAUCCUACAGCUGAACGACGAUUGUCUGAUGACGAUCUUCUCCGAGGUGGACCUGCUGGAUCUGUUGGCACUGAAGAAGACCUGCACCCGCUUCGAGGGCGUCUGCUGUGACCUGCUAAAGCGACACAAGAAACUAGAUCUGGACAAUGUGUGCCCUAAGAAGACGUACCUCACGAUGCUGGACGCUAAGAACAUCCUCAUGGAGUUGGGUCCGUUCGCGGAGCACUUGAUUAUUACGCGGGAUACUUUCGCCAAGCCGGGGGUACGGAUUUUGUACCUGAUUCCCAAGCACUGUUCCAACCUGAAGGAGCUGGACAUUCACGACUUUACGCUGAAGCCAAACGCACUCAAGACCCUGGAAGGCGUGUUCAAAACGCUCGAAUCGCUGCGACUGGUCAACUGCGGAAUCGCGGACAGCAUCGAGCGAAGCCUGGGCCAAGCCAAAAACCUGCAGCGGUUGGAUUUGUCGCAAAACAGCGAAAUCACUGGCAAGUGCUUGAAGGCCGUUCGAAACCUCAAGUAUCUCAACCUGGAAAGCUGCCAGAACAUCCAAGGAAAGCCGUUCAGCACCUUCUCCGAGCGGAACAAAACGCUCGAAUUCCUCAACAUAAACUGCUGCAGUCGGCUCACCACCGAAGCGGUCAAAUCCCUGGUGACCAACCAGCUCGAGCUGCAGCACCUCAUCUGUAACAAUCUGUACGACAACGUCGAACCCGCCACCAUGGCCAUGAUCGCCAAACUACCCAAGCUCACCAAAGUCCAGUUCAAGAUCAACAACUUUGCCUCGAUCGACCACAUCCUGCAAGCCUUCGCCGAGUCGAACCAGCUCGAGCACCUGGACCUCUCCGACGGCAUCUUUACCUCCGUCGACUACAACCUGCUGUGCUCGCUGACGGCCCUGCGCGAGCUCAAGCUCAACUACAAGCUGGACUUUUCCGACGAGCACCUGGCCAAACUGUGCCACAAGGGAAACUUUGUCGAGCUGCACAUCGCCGGCUGUACGAACGUCAGCGACAAGCAGCUGAUCGAGUUCAUCCGCGCGAAUCCGGCCCUGAGGGAGCUGGACGUGUCGUACUGUCAAAUUACCGAGGGGCUGGUCUUUUCGGCGAUCGAUAUCCUGAAGGAGCAGGCGGCGGCGCACGGGGGUGGUGGCGUGACGCGGCCGGCCCGCACGCUGCGGAUGGUCGUCGGCCAGACGAGCAUCUGUCCGGUGAUUAAUGAUAACGCCCUCGUCAAGAGCAGCCGCCACCUGCUGGAGCUGUCGUUCUUCGCGACCGAGGGCUUCUACAGCGAGAUGGACGAGUACGACGACGUGAUGGGGGACGAUUCCGGCGACGACGAGGACUUUAUGGGCUACGACUACGAGGACGACGAUUCCGACCUGUGGGGUCUGGACUACGACUCGGAUCUUGGCAAUUUCGUCGACAUGUGCCAGUUCUUCUACGACAGUGACAGCAGCGACAAGUACUACAUGGGCUACGGAGACUACAACUUUAUGUAAGUUCGCCUUCACUGUUGUCUCUCACCCGUCUUGGAACCUUCCCAAGUCCUCACAAUUAAUAAGUUUGUUAAAAGAGAAGAGAAAAAAAGCCUCAUCGUUCGAGAAACAAUCGCAAAGCUGCAUCGUCAGUACAUCCGGAACAGACGAGUCUGGUACGUUUAAACUCAGGCAAAAAACACACGAGAGCACUCUACUCACCACACCACGGGUUUAAAAUUCCUAGAAUUUUUAUUUGCGCGCAAUCGGAACCGACUGACCGAUUCUUCCAGAAAAAAAGAAAAGAAGCUUCGUUUUUCACGUGUGUGCGAGCUCGUCGAACGAGUGUUAGUCCCUUUUUUUUCAUUGUUAUUUUUCUUCAAACACACCUCUCGAACGAGAAACACUUUCGUGCGAAUGCUAUCGUUCUCUCUUGCCUCUUGCCGUGCAAGUUUCGUUUUCAGUUAGUUUUGUUGGAUGUUCAUUUUAUUGUUUCUUUUUUUGGCCGUUCAUAUGAGCGAGACUGCAGGAGACGUCCUUAAUCGAUAUUUUUUAAAUUCAUUUUUGAGAAAAAAUAAAAA